CGCUUCGGCGCUUGACCUCUCUCCUUCGUCAUUCAACCUCGUUUGACUUUCGUCCAUCAACCUCCAACCAUCCAUCUACUCAUACCUGACCAACAUCACUCCACCCAAGACUCAUCACUAACACCAUGUCAGCUGCCUGGGUCGAUGACUCCGCUGCUCAAGCCACUGCUGGCUGGGUUGAGGACAACGCUGUUCCCGACACUGGUUUCGCAGGCAUUGAGGCAGACCAGUUCUCAAAGCACGAAGGUGGCGCCGAUGGCGAUGCAUGCCGCAGGUGAGUUUCACUUCUUCAUUUCAACUACUUCCAUUCCACCUUGUUCUUUUCUGACACACAUACAGCUGCGGUCAAUCUGGACACUUCUCCCGCGAGUGCCCUGAGCCUCGCCAGAUGAGCGGAGAGUGUUUCAACUGUGGCGAGACUGGACACAACAAGGCUGACUGCCCCAACCCUGCCGUCGAGCGCGCCUUCACUGGAACCUGCCGCUCUUGCGGUGAUGAAGGACAUCGUUCUUCUGGAUGCCCCCUGGCUGUGUGCAAGAGGUGCUCGGGCACCGGUCAUUCCGCCGCCAGCUGCGAGGAGAGAAUGAACAUCUAUCCCGACAACUUGCCCACCCCAGCCGACGCCGACGAGGCUUGGGACAAGCUUGUCAAUGCUGAUACCAACGACGACGUCGAUGAUUUCAUCCAAGCCUUCUGGGUGUACUGCAAGGUCGCUCCAGAGCUGACUCUCGUUCAGCUCGAGGAGUGUUUCCGCGAGACUGGUUUUGUCUACUACUUGAUUGCCAAGGAGCAGACCGUCUCCUCGAAGGUCCACACCAACGUCGAUCUUCAAGGCAACCCUGACAAGACUUACCAAAUCUCGUUCCAAAAGACCUCCAAGCCUCGCCGUGCCAUUCUUGCCGAGGGCUGGCCCAAAACCCCCCAAGAGAACCUCGAACGCCUUCAAGACGCCGGCUUUUCUGUUGACAACUUGAAGCCGUACUGCCGCAAUUGCGAGCAAGUCGGCCAUAUCAACAAGAACUGCACUCAGGAACCUCAGGUCGUUGAGAAGCCGAAGGUCACCUGCUCCAACUGCAGUGCCGACGGUCACUACGUCCGUGACUGUCCCGAGCCUCGCGCUGUUCGCGGCGGCGGCGACGUGGAAUGUAAGCACUGCUCAGGACUCGGCCAUAUGGCUAGAGAUUGUCCCACCAAGCCUGCCCAAGUCUGCCACAACUGUUGGGAGGAAGGCCACAGAUCCUCGGACUGUGUCAACGAGCGCGUCGUGAAGUGCCGCAAUUGUGACAAGACCGGUCACUCUAGCCGACAACAUUACCUGUCGCAACUGCGAGCUUACAGGUCAUUUCUCCAAGGACUGCACCGAGCCCAAGAACUGGUCGAAGGUCCAGUGCCGUCUCUGCAACAACUUCGGCCACGGCGCUGGUCGUUGCCCCGACCCUAAUGGUGCUGCUGCCGCCGAUGGUGAUUCAUCAGCCGUCGACUACACCGCUGGUGCUGGUGCUGCUGAAUUCGCUCCUGAGGGCGACUGGAUGGCCGACCUCCCUGCUGUUGCCGCUGACGCUGGCGGUGACUGGAACAGCGCUCCUGCUGCUGUCUCGGCCUGGUAAGCGCCUCGCAAAACAUACAGACACACACACCGCUGAUGGUGCUUGAUCUCACAACUUCGCCGGCAGAGAUGCCUAGAAGCGAUUCAGCGUAGCUAGAGAGAGAUAAAAGGUCGCUUUUCACGAGCGUUAGCUUCCACAAAUCGAAUGAUCCUCUCGAAAAUCUCCAAUGGUGUGACGUGCGCAGUAAUCCGUGUUCUUUUUCUGCAUCAAUCCACAGUGAACCCGCAGGUAUGGUGCCUCCAUCUGUGAGACACGCCAGUCUUCGCCAUCCGCUGACCAAGUCUCCAAGACUGCGACCGUCCUUUCCGCACCUGUCAACCCCAGA